AAAUGGCAAAAGAAAGUCAACACCAGGCACUAGCAGCACUACCAGGUAGCACAGUCGCUACUGCAAUAGCAAAUAAUGCCACAGAACCAGUGAUUCCUGGAGGAGGAAAAGGCAGUGCAAAAGAAGAUGGAUUUUCAAAGUUAAAGGAGAAAUUUAUGAAUGAACUAACCAAAAUUCCAUUGCCACCUUGGGCCUUAAUAGCCAUAGCCAUAGUUGCCAUCCUAUUAGUCCUUACCUGCUGUUUCUGUCUGUGUAAGAAAUGCUUGUUCAAAAAGAAAAACAAGAAGAAGGGCAAGGAGAAGGGAGGGAAGAAUGCAAUUAACAUGAAAGAUGUAAAAGAUUUAGGCAAGAACUUGAAAGAUCAGGCCCUUAAGGAUGAUGAUGCUGAAACUGGAUUGACUGAUGGAGAAGACAAGGAAGAAGCCAAAGAAGAGGAAAAAUUAGGGAAAAUCCAAUAUUCCCUGGAUUAUGACUUUCAGAACAAUCAGCUUCUAGUAGGGAUAAUUCAAGCUGCUGAGCUGCCUGCUUUAGAUAUGGGUGGUACAUCUGAUCCAUAUGUGAAGGUUUUCCUGCUUCCUGAUAAGAAAAAGAAAUAUGAGACGAAAGUUCACAGGAAAACCCUUAACCCUGUCUUCAAUGAACAAUUUACAUUCAAGGUGCCGUAUUCUGAACUGGGAGGAAAAACUUUAGUGAUGGCUGUAUAUGACUUCGACCGCUUUUCUAAGCAUGAUAUUAUUGGAGAAUAUAAAGUUGCCAUGAACACUGUAGAUUUUGGUCAUGUGACUGAAGAAUGGCGAGAUUUGCAGAGUGCUGAAAAAGAAGAGCAAGAGAAGCUAGGUGACAUCUGUUUCUCUCUCCGCUACGUGCCUACUGCUGGCAAGCUGACUGUUGUCAUCUUAGAAGCAAAGAAUCUGAAGAAGAUGGACGUGGGAGGCUUAUCAGAUCCCUAUGUGAAAAUUCAUCUGAUGCAGAAUGGGAAACGGUUGAAGAAGAAGAAGACAACAAUUAAGAAGAACACUCUGAAUCCUUAUUACAAUGAAUCAUUCAGCUUUGAAGUACCGUUUGAGCAAAUCCAGAAAGUGCAAGUUGUUGUGACUGUUUUGGACUAUGACAAGAUUGGCAAGAAUGAUGCCAUUGGCAAAGUCUUUGUGGGAUACAACAGCACUGGCGCAGAGCUGCGACAUUGGUCAGACAUGUUGGCCAAUCCAAGGCGACCCAUUGCACAGUGGCAUACCUUACAGCCGGAGGAAGAAGUAGAUGCCAUGCUUGCUGUCAAGAAGUAGGAAGAAAGUGAAAUGUGAAAAGAAGGCCUUUCUGCAUUUGCCCAUAUAGUGCUCUUUAGCCAGUAUCUGUAAAUACCUCAGUAAUAUGGGUCCUUUUAUUUCCAGCCAUGCAUCCCCAACACAGAUCAGUGGUACUUCUACUCUUGUUUUAAUUUGCACAACUUUAAUGUAGAAAAAGCCCUAUAAGGCACUCCAUCUCACCACUGCCCUCAGAUCUACUCUUCUUUUAAGCAAUAUGUGUAG